AUGAGAGCUUGGCUCGUGGCCAAGGCAGAGGAAGACAAGAGACGCCAGGAAGAGGAGAAGACGCGGCAGGAGAGCUACCGGCUUGAACAGCGGAGGAUGGAGCACGAGAUCUUGAGGACCUCUCUGCAGGGAGGGAUACCGCCACCGCUGGUGCCGGUGGUCUUUGCAGGCAUGGGUGGAGGAGCGCUCUCGCCGGCGGCUCUGGAGUGGGCACAGCAGUUCAUGCUGUCGCAAUCCCCACAACAACAACCGCCGCCCGCGCUGAUGCUACCGGGUGCUGUCCCCUCGGAGCACCAGAGGCGAGACUCGCAGAGUCAAGUGGUAUAUGGGCGAUACCCCGUUUCCGGCGGCGUUCCAUCGACACCAGGGUCAGCACAGGGGCCGCCAAGCGCAUAUAUGUCGGGCUACCCCGGGUCCCCGACGAGGCCGAGAGGACAAAGCAUGCCGGGGGCGAUGGCAGGACGAUCGCUUGUCGCGGGCGGAUCAACGCUGCCCAACCUGAACACCACCAAUCUUCCCGGCGGGCCGGGCGGCGGUCCCGGCAUCACCCACCAGCCGGCACUGGCCCAAUCGCAGCAGCAGCAGCAGCAUCAGGAGCCGCAAGCCUCACCGUCCAUCUAUUUCCACCAUUGGCAACCUCCAACUACGCAGGCAGGAGGACGGGGCGGCACUGACCAGCCCGCCACGCCCUCAGCUAACUGGCUCGUUUUUCACGCACUAGGAGAAUCGCCACGGAAACGGAAGGCACCAGGACCCCAGCAGCCAGCGCCGCCGCCGGCGGGAGCGCAACGGCUCCGCUCGCCGCCUUUCGCCCACAGUUCCGGCUUGUCAAACCCGCCACCCGGGCGCAGGAGAGGAGGAGGAGGAGGAGGAGGAGGAGGAGGACAUUCACGGCAGUCCAGUGACCUGGGAUCGUACCGGGGAGCCGGCGGCAGCCGGGGACGUGGGGAGAGCGUGGGACCAGGGAGGGAGCUGUCGCCGAUGCACACGUCAGGGGCAAGCGCUGCACGGGAGGGCGGCGGCGGCGAGCCGGUAUCCUCCUCGACUCAGCAGCAUCAGCCACAGGUCCCACCAUUUGUGCCGCCGCGUGCACCAGCUCCCUCGGCGCCGAGGACCGGGGCGCACUCGGUUUCGUCGCUCUUGUCAGACGCACCACCCUCGUCCCCGCGGGCUACGGCGGCGCACUUUGCAGCCGGGCCACAGCAGCAGCCGGAACCACGGACCCAACAGCAGCAGCAGUACGUUGGCGAAAACGGGCGACGGGACUCACCACGAGCGUCCGAGGACGAGAGGGGGGGUCGAGCGAACAUCAGCCAGCCGAGCGCGAGAUAACGAAGCCCCAAUGAACCUUAAUUUCAGCAAUGUUUCAGCCUCCUCAACCUGGCGCCGCAACCUGGUCCCAAAAACCGCCAAGAAAACCCCCCAGUUGCCGCCGCUUGGGUUCGCUUUCCAGCGUUUCCCUUUACGGCAAUUUCAACGAGCGGGACUUAGCACCGUUGCCGAAGUGGCAUGGAAGGCAAGGGUCUGAGAGUUCGGGUGUCAGGGGUGGCAUUUCUGGAAAGGGAGCAGUGCCAUGUUUCCGACAAUGCGGACUCGUUCCCUAUUCGAUGCAGCCGGCCAGGGGGAGGAGCAU